UUAGCGUUCAGGUGGUUUAUUCUAUUUAGACAGCCUUUAUUUAUUUUAUUUUUUUAUUAUUAUUUAUUGUUAUUAUUAUUAUUAUUUUAUUUUAUUUUUUGCCGGGCGAAAGGUUCGGCGCUGCCCUAUCUUGGAGCCAUGGGCUGCACGGUGAGUGCCGAGGACAAGGCGGCCGCGGAGAGGUCCAAAAUGAUCGACAAGAACCUCCGAGAAGACGGAGAGAAGGCGGCCAGGGAAGUGAAGCUGCUCCUUUUAGGUGCAGGGGAGUCUGGGAAAAGCACCAUUGUAAAGCAGAUGAAGAUUAUCCACGAAGACGGCUACUCGGAAGAUGAGUGUAAGCAAUACAGAGCUGUGGUUUACAGUAACACCAUCCAGUCCAUCAUGGCCAUCGUUAAAGCCAUGGUCAGCCUCGAGAUAGACUACAACAACCCUGGCAGAGUGGACGACGCCCAGCAACUCUUCGCUCUGUCCGCCGCCGCCGAGGAGCAGGGCGUCUUACCCGACGACCUGGCCGAAGUGAUCCGGCGACUGUGGGCCGACGGCGGCACACAGAGCUGCUUCGCGCGCUCACGGGAAUACCAGCUCAACGACUCGGCGGCAUAUUACCUGAACGAUCUGGAGAGAAUAGCCAAAGCGGAUUACAUCCCCACCCAGCAGGAUGUGCUGCGUACUCGUGUCAAGACAACUGGCAUCGUGGAGACUCACUUCACCUUCAAAGAGCUGCACUUCAAAAUGUUCGACGUGGGAGGCCAGCGCUCAGAAAGGAAGAAGUGGAUCCACUGUUUCGAAGGCGUCACGGCCAUUAUCUUCUGCGUUGCGCUCAGUGCGUACGACCUGGUCCUGGCCGAGGAUGAGGAGAUGAAUCGCAUGCACGAAAGCAUGAAGCUGUUCGACUCCAUCUGCAACAACAAGUGGUUCACUGAGACCUCCAUCAUCCUCUUCCUCAACAAGAAGGACCUCUUUGAGGAGAAGAUCACCCGUAGCCCCCUUGCCAUCUGCUUCCCAGAGUACACAGGGGCCAACAAAUUUGACGAAGCAGCCAGUUACAUUCAGACCAAGUUUGAGGACCUGAACAAGAAGAAGGACACCAAGGAGAUCUACACCCACUUCACGUGUGCCACCGACACCAAGAACGUGCAGUUUGUCUUCGACGCCGUCACUGAUGUCAUCAUCAAGAACAACCUGAAGGACUGCGGGCUUUUCUGAAUAUAAAUUGGACGGUGGCGGCUGUGCACACUGCACGAGGGACUGCAGCAGCCAUGUGACGAUUUUAUUGCCUUUCAUAAUGAAAACCAUGACAGACGUCAUUCCUGCAAGGGGAAAACCUUGAAAGGACUUCAACAAUCAAUGAUUUGCUACCAUCUCCCCCUCAGUGUAACAUUGGUCCUGCAUACAAAUGUAUUCAAAGUUGUUACGCCUCUUCUCUCUUUGACUCUUUACACUCCCCUUAAUGAAUGUUUUAACACUCUCAUUGGAUGAGAAUCAUUUAGCAGCCACUCAUGCGGAAAAAUGAGCUGGCUUUAAUUGAAUUAUUGAAACGCAUGUAAAAUGCACAAAGAAUAUUUCUUAUCCAUCAAGAAGAUCUCGUGGUAAUUAUGAUUUAAGUUGCCAUUUUUAUUCACGAAUGACUUUUUAAAGAUGUUUACUUUGCCAUUGAGGUUUAUUAAAAGACAGUAUGAAACUAUAUUUUGUAUCAUAUCAACCCAUGUUAACAACUAACUGUUAAGACACGUGGCGAAUGUGAGUGGCUAUGUGGGGGGGGGGGGAACAAUUUUUGUAUGACAUUUACAUCAAAUAAUGGUCACAGUAUUCUCCUGCAUGACAUUCCAUUAAUUAGCCUGCGCCACUGUCAUCAUCUGUUUGACAGCUGCUAUGUACCACUUGUUUAAAUACACUUAACACAAUCUGUGAGGUUUUCACUGAUGUCUGUUACUAACUAAUUGUAGAUUAGUGUGUAUUCUGUUUCAUUCCAAGUCUGUUGUUUUGACUUUAUGUUUGUGCCUUGAUAUCUGUUUACGUGUGUAUCUUCAUAUGUGUUCUUGACAGUGUCAAUUAGGGCUAUUUCUACUUGGUAUCCAUGGCUAACAAUGCAUCCAAGCACAGAGUCUGAAGGACGAUGCCGUACUUGUUUGUUGAUAUUAAAGCUACAAAGCAAGUCACUUGGUAUAUGUAAAUAAUAAACGUUUGGU